AAAGAGAAAAGUUACUGAAGCUAGUCCUCCCGUGACAAGUAUUGGAAGAGUUCCACAGCCAGAGCUCUUAUGGAUCUAAAGCAAGACAUUUUCCAAGAGUUUCGAAGCAUGGCAGAUACCCCUAUGAAGAUGAUCCUCAGAACCGAGGCCCUUCGAAAGUAUAUUUAUGAGACAAGUGCUUAUCCCAAAGAGCACGAGCAACUAAAGGAAUUAAGAGAGACCACUGUGGAGAAGUAUCAAAAGAGGAGCUUCAUGAGUACGCCUGUUGAUGAAGCACAGUUCCUCUCUAUGCUUGUAAAGAUCAUGAAUGCCAAGAAAACCAUGGAAAUUGGAGUUUUCACAGGUUAUUCCCUUCUUACUACUGCCCUGGCAUUGCCUCAGGAUGGCAAGAUAUUAGCAAUUGAUCGUGAUAAAGAAGCUUAUGAGUUUGGAUUACCGUAUAUUAAGAAAGCUGGAAUAGAGCACAAGAUUAACUUCGUUGCAUCAGAUGCCAUUUCAGCUCUAAAUGACCUUGUUAACAGCGGUGAAGAAGGGACAUUCGAUUUCAUAUUUGUAGACGCUUUGAAGAGCGAAUACCUGAAAUAUCAUGAGCUGACGAUGAAAUUUGUCAAGAUCGGAGGAGUUAUAGCUUAUGAUAACACUUUAUGGAGUGGAUCGGUUGCACAAGCUGAGGACCAAGUGGAGAUGCCAGGUAUUAGAUCAUUUAGAAAAUUCGUGAUCGAAUUCAAUAGCUUUAUCGCGGCUGAUCCUCGAGUUGAAUCAUCUCUCCUUUCAAUUGGUGAUGGCGUCACUCUUUGCAGGCGUCUCUAUUAGCGAACUGCUCAAUCUCUUCCAAGAGUUAAGGAUUGUUUUGUUGCCUGAUGAGUCUGAGUAAUCUUUGACAUAUUAUAGCAUGUAUGACUUUAAUCUAGCUGGUACAUGCAUGUGCUCUUAUAGCCGUGGUGGUGUUUGCUUAUACAGCCAUGGUUUCUAUGUAAGGUGUAAGUGGGGGGGGGGGGGAUUUGUUAUGCUGUAUGGUCGUUUAUUUCUGGGUUAUGUUUGGUCGGGCUGUUGAGCCUGCUUCUUGUAUUUAGCAGACCCAUGGUCUGGGUCCUCGUCCUCUCAUCAUAGGGUUAUCAUUACUAGGGCUUGCCAAGUUUCUGUUGUCAUACUUUGGUGAUUUUUAAUAAGUUCAUCUUAUCCAGUUCAUU